AUGAAUGUCCCGACCGAAGACUACGAUGCGAUGGUUCGAGAUCUCCUCACUUGUGCUGAACAGGCCAUGUUUCCUCGAGUGGAUUCCUCCGUUCGCAUUUCGGAUGCUACAAAGGAACUUCGAACUUCGACCAGAAUGCCACACAUCUCACAUAAAAUGCUGCAAGCAAGCAUCAAAUGCAGAGAGCAGUGCGCGAGACCUUCAGCUAUGCAGGGAGAGGAGAAUACUGGAGGCAGCCUUGAACAGAGAUAG